UGAGGUCUGGGGGCCGUUUGGGUUCGGGAAGCGGGUGCUGGCAAUCGGCGGUGCUCUUGCUCACAGUAAGACUAGUUGUGCUAAUAUAUUCCAAGUUCAGUAGCAGGCCUGUAAAGAUGUUUGCUGCAAAGCUGUUUAAGCGUGGUUCUAAAAAGGCGGAGGAGAAGCCAGCCGGCGGCGCCGACGAGGAGGCCCCGGAAGAGCCAGCAGACGAGCCAGCGGACGAGCCAGCGGACGAGCCAGCGGACGAGCCCGCGGACGAGCCAGCGGACGAGCCCGGCGUGCAGGACGAGCCGGAGACGACCAUGUCUGACGAAGAGCCCACCAUGGAGCAGAAGGACAUGCCGCCCGACGACCCCCCUCCGGGCGACGGCGACGAGGAAGAAGAGGACGACGAUGACGUACAGAGCGCUCGCAUCGAGGGGGCGUACGACCCGAGCGACUACGAGCACCUGACGGUGACGCCCGAGAUCGCCCAGAUGUUCCAGUUCAUCACCAGCUACACGCCGCAGACCGUCGACCUGGAGAACCGCCUGCGGCCCUUCAUCCCCGACUUCAUCCCGGCCAUCGGCGAUAUCGACGCCUUCAUCAAGGUCGAGCGGCCAGACGGCAAGGCCGACUCCAUCGGCCUGUCGGUGCUGGACGAGCCGCGCGCGCAGCAGAGCGACAAGAACGUGCUGGACCUGCAGCUGCGCGCCGUCGCCAAGACGACCACACAGAAGCAGACGACGGUGGCGAGCGUGGCCAACGCCGACCGCAACCCCAAGGCUGUGGAGAAGUGGAUCAAGGACAUCGGGGACCUGCACCGCUCCAAGCCGGCACCCUCCGUACACUACAACAAGCCGAUGCCGGACAUCGACUUCCUGAUGCAGGAGUGGCCGGCCGAGUUUGAGGAGGUGCUCUCCAGCACCCACCUGCCGACGGCCGACCUGGACUGCGACCUAGCCACCUACGUCGAGAUCAUCUGCAGCAUCAUGGACAUCCCGGUGUACAAGUCCAAGAUUCAGUCUCUGCACGUGCUCUUCACGCUGUACAGCGCCUUCAAGCAGUCCGGUCACUUCGGGCAGCAGCCCGAGACCAACCCUAACUACCAGCCGGGCGCGCCGUGAUCGCCUCGGAGGGCCUCCGGCCGGCGC